AUGUCGAAGCCCCGUCGCGACUCCACGGCGAGGGCCGACACCCGCCCAGCAUUCAACCGUCCUCCCGGGGCUCGCCCUGCGGCCCCUGCACCGCCUGCGCACGUGGAUGACAAUACCGAUGACGAACAUCCACGCACGACCCCGAAACGGAGGACGAAAGAGAAAGCCAAGUCAUCGCCUGUGCCGUCACCGGAGAAGAAACCCCGGCGCGCGAGUGGAAGACAUAGAAGUACGAGCGGUGGCGCUGGCGCUGGCGGAGGAAACCGUGACUACCGUUACACUUCGAGACGCGAGACAACGAGAAUAGAAGCAGAGCGAGAACCAAAGAGAGACAGGGCAAAAUACAGUUCCGGCACCUCGACGAACAGCACGAGCCAAUUGCUCAGUAGCGACGCUUUGGCCAAGCUGAACGCUUACAACGAGAAAGCCGAGUUCCAGGAGAAAUACGACCAACGCAAACGCCGACAGAAACAGUACAAGGAACUCAAGGCCGUCGAGGUGUCGCAGCAGAAACAGCGCAAAAAGCAGAAGCAGAAGCAGAAAAAUCGCAAUGUCAGUGGGGCGAUCCUCGAGGAGGGCAGAGCGCACAAGCACACUCGUCAUAAACCUGGCGGAGGAGGUGGAGGUGGUGGUCGAUACGAGAACGAAGAAUUCUAUGAAGGGCAUGGACGACGGUCACGGAAGAAGCUGUGGUGGGCAUUACUCGCCGUGGCGGUGUUGUUGGCGAUCCUCAUCCCCGUCGGCGUGGUCGUGAGCAAUAACAGCAAAAAGUCAUCGGGAGGGUCUUCAUCUUCAUCUUCCUCGAAUUCUGCUUCCUCGUCGACUUCGUCUGAUCCAAAAAAUGAUUGUGAUUCGAGUUCUGUACCAGAGAGUGCAGAAGGUACAUACACCGACAUCUCGACGUGGCUGGAUACCACGGAUUUCAACUGUACAUACACAAAUGAGACGGUCGGCGGAUUGUCUGUCAUGGGCCUCCAUUCGAGCUGGGACGACUCGGCCAAAGCAAACGACAACGUUCCCGCCCUGAAUGAGAACUGGGAAUAUGGCAAGGUGCCCAUCCGCGGAGUCAACAUUGGAGGCUGGCUUUCGCUGGAACCAUUCAUCACUCCAUCGCUGUUCAGCUAUCCCGCCUCAGCCAAAGUCGUGGAUGAAUGGACCUUGACGCAGAAACUGGGCUCAUCGGCCCAGCGGGUCCUCGAGUCGCAUUAUGCCACGUUCAUCACCAAGCAGAGCUUCGUCGACAUCCGAAACGCCGGCCUGGACCAUGUGAGAAUCCCGUUCCCCUACUGGGCUGUGACCACGUACGAAGGCGAUCCCUAUCUGCCAAAGGUCGCCUGGCGAUAUCUGCUUCGUGCCAUCGAAUAUGCACGAGAGAACGGAUUGCGGGUGAAUUUGGACUUACACUCCUUGCCUGGAAGUCAGAAUGGAUGGGCACACAGCGGCCACCAAGGCGACAUUGGCUGGAUCUUGGGGGCGAAUGGCACCACAAAUGCACAGAGAUCUUUGGAUAUCCAUGAUCAGCUGUCCAAAUUCUUCGCCCAAGAUCGAUACAAAAACGUGGUGACCAUCUACGGCCUGGUAAAUGAGCCCAAGAUGCUCGUCAUCCCGCCGGACUCGGUGGUGGACUGGAACAAGAAAGCCGUCGCGGUGAUCCGUGGCAAUGGCAUCAAACAGUAUCUCGUGUUCGGCGAUGGGUUUUUGAGUCUGGACUCUUGGGACAACAUGUUCCACGGCGUCGACGACAAGCUGGUCAUGGACACGCAUCAAUACCAGAUCUUCAACACCGGCCAGCUCAAGCUGAAACACAAAGACAAAAUCAACCUCGCCUGCUCCGGCUGGACUGGGCUGAUCGUGGCAGCAAACAAUCCCGACACCGGAUGGGGUCCGAUUCUGGACGGCGAGUGGUCUCAAGCCGAUACGGACUGUACGCCCAAUCUCAACAAUGUCGGCGUAGGCUCCAGGUGGGCUGGCACGCUCGACACGGGAGAUUCGCAGACGGCUGUUUUGACUCCUACCUGCGCUGAGCCGCCCUGUUCCUGCGCACAAGCCAACGCUGACCCCAGCCAGUACAGUGACUCGUACAAGCAAUUCUUGCAGAUGUAUGCUGAGGCACAAAUGCAUAGCUUCGAACAGGCCUGGGGCUGGUUCUAUUGGACCUGGAAGACCGAGAGUGCUACCCAGUGGAGCUGGAUGUUGGGUCUGAAGGCUGGCAUAUUGCCGGACAAGGCUUACUCGCCGUCGUUCAAGUGUGAUUCCGAUGUCCCCGAUUUUAGCGACCUCCCUGAAAGUUAUUGA